GACCAGCGAUCACGCCCGCUCGAGCGAUCGCGCUCUGCAAGAUCGAUCGCCUGGAUAGCUCGCGACUCUGUUCGCGCAUCGCCUUCCGCAGCCUCGCCUCCUUCGGAUUGUACACGUAAUCUGUCAAACAGCCAUAAUCAAACAUAAGACAGACACCAUUUGAUCGAUCCUAAGCGUACUUUUCAAGGAAAAUCCGCGUGACGUUCGCAACGACGGGAGGCUCUCGUUUUCUCGAGCAACCGAGCAUCGCGUCGAUGCGAUGGCGGAUCGAUGACCGACGAUCGUUACACACUACACACAGAGGGAAGAGAGAAAGAGAGAGGGGGGACACUCCUCCCCCGCGUGUCUUUGGCUCGAUAUGCCCGCUGGAUGCACAAGCCUCGACAUUUUGACGGCUUCCCUUGGAGCGACCGUGCGUCACCCCUCUUUUUCCCUGUCACGCGUACGAUGCAGUCGCGCAGAUGCACGCUAGUCCGCUUGCCCGCGUCCUCGGACGCUCGCGCAGAACAUAUCGACACUUUCCGGUGAUCUUAAUUGACCACUCGGCUUGUUCGCUACGCGUUGGUCCGCCGUCGAUUGCGCGACUACCGUUUAGCGGUUCAAAAUCAAUUCAGAAGCAUCCAUGGUGCCUUCCCUUUCAUAUGGAGUACCAAUGAAUAGCUAUUAAAUAAUGGUUCUGUGUUCAACAAUAAAUGUCGGUCAUGAGACGUUUAAUAAUUACAAAAGCUAACACACGAGUGCAGAUUGUACUCCGUUGUCGAGAGGGGCGCGUUGGUUGUUGAAAACACUUGAAAAAUCGUUGCGAAACGAUACAUUUUUCUCCCUUCUAUUUUUUCGGCCUUCUUAAAUGACAUCAGCCAUGAAUUCAUAACAGAAGAUAGUCGUGUGUUUGUUUUAAUUUUAAAUGGGAUAAUUUUGAAAGUAUUGGUAGAAAUAAAAAAUAAGGAAUAUCAUGUCAUGCGAUGAAGCUUGUUCGUGUAAUAAACGUGGUAUAGAUUACUAUGGCGUACUAUCGUUGAAAAAAGACUGCGACGAUUUGGAGAUCAAAGCUGCAUUUCGACGCUUAGCGAUACGAUAUAACCCUAAAAGAGCGAAAGAUGAAUGUUUAUGUACUAUUUUCGCCUUAGUAGCCGAAGCAUACGAUGUGCUUUCAGAUCCCCUUAAAAGAACCAUAUACGAUCAAUUCGGCGAGGAAGGCCUUAAAAAUGGUGUGCCUGGAGCCGAAGGAUUUAUUCAACCGUAUACUUAUCACGGAGAACCGAUGAGAACGUAUAGGGAGUUCUUCGGUACCGAAAGUCCUUAUGCUGAUCUACUCUACGUACUAGCGCAGUCUUCGUCUCUGCUCGAAUUUCCCGAGGGGCGGGGUAUAAAGCGCAAGGAAGAACCUCUGAUAAAAACCUUGUACCUAACCCUACUGGAGGUCUUUCUUGGAGGGAUAAAGAAAAUGAAGAUACAAAGAUUAGUAUUGGUAGGGGAUGAUAAGACUAAGACAGUGACGAAGGAAAAAAUUUUAACGAUACCCAUUAAACCAGGCAUUCCGACGGGAACGAGGAUAGUGUUCCCAGAGGAAGGUGACCAAGGACCCACAAAAAUUCCUGCGGAUGUAAUCUUCAUCACGGAGGACCGGCCUCACGAGACCUUCCGAAGAGAGGGCUCUGACUUGCACAUGACGGUCGAUAUCUUUCUGCGAGAGGCACUGACCGGAACAGUGGUCACCGUCAACACGCUCGACGACAGAACCCUUCGAAUACCACUAACGUCUGUCAUCACACCAGAUUACAAGAAAUACGUACCUGGCCAAGGAUUGCCGCUGCCGGAAAGUCCGAAGAAAAGAGGAAGUCUAGUCAUAUCGUUUAAUAUUGAAUAUCCGGUAUAUUUGCCGGUAUCAAAUAAAAAUUACAUUAAACGAGCGUUUGAUGCGUCCGCAGAUAUCAAAGAUACGGAAUACGUUCAUCGUCUUAUAUUGGCCAAUAAAAUGCGUAGAAACGUGGAUUUUGAUGUUCCUAUACGUCGAAAUACCGACGAUUAUGAAGCAAAAUAA